GCUUGCCCACCAACCACCAUGAAGUCGAUCUUUGCAGCUCUCGGACUGUUGAUCAUCGCUGGCUUGAUCCACGACUCUGACGCCAGGGGAGGAAGUUCCUGCCGAUGCGCCAGAUGGUGUAACAAGAAAUACGAAUUCGCAAACGGUAGAUGCGGGAAAUGGGGCGGUGUUGUCUGUUGUAGACGCUACUAUGGCGGAUAUGGAGGUGGCAGCGUGGGAUACGGUUCAGGAUUCGGUUCCGGUUUCGGUUCAGGUUUCGGUUCCGGAUAUGGAAAUGGUGGAUACAGCUGGGGCGGUAAAGGUGGAUGGGGUGGAUCCGGAGUUGGCAACUGGGGAUACGGUUCUGGAUUCGGAAAUGGCGGCGGAUACGGUUGGGGCGGCAAAGGUGGAUGGGGUGGAGCCGGCGGCUGGGGUAACGGCGGAUACGGUUCCGGAUUCGGAAACGGCGGAUACGGUUCCGGAUUCGGAAACGGCGGAUACGGUUCCGGAUUCGGAAACGGCGGAUACGGGUGGGGUGGUAAAGGUGGAUGGGGUGGAGCCGGCGUCUGGGGAAACGGCGGAUACGGUUCCGGAUACGGUUCAGGAUAUGGUUCCGGAUACGGAAAUGGCGGAUACGGCUGGGGUGGUAAAGGUGGAUGGGGUGGAGCCGGCGUCUGGGGAAACGGCGGAUACGGUUCUGGAUACGGCUCAGGAUACGGUUCCGGAUACGGAAACGGCGGAUACGGCUGGGGCGGUAAAGGUGGAUGGGGUGGAAGUGGUUAUGGAAACGGUGGUUGGGGCUACGGAGGCGGCCGUUUGGGUGGAGGCUACUACGGCAAGAAGUAAUUCUACACCACGUGGACUACAGACAUUCAGACGAACUCCUUACCGACUUAGUGUUUCAUGUAUUUAUUUCAAUUGAAUAAAUAUCAUUAUUAUUAAAAAAA